AUGUUGAUGAUCCGAAAGUUGUGGCUGAUUAUAUCGUUGAAAUAUGUUGGAUUGAAGGAGGCUAGAGAUGGCAAGUUUAUUUCAGAAGAAGAGUAUUUUCAGCUGACAAGCAGGGCAAUCGCCAGUGGAAUCUUCGCACAAUUCAAUGACGAUUUCACGAGUGCGACCCUAAUUCCUCCAAAAGAUUUUCCCGGUUUUGUGGAUGACUCUCGAUUCGAAAUUUACAUCAACAGUACAAUCGGAUUUCCUCCGAAUAAAAAAUCAUUGAAUUCAAUGUUGUCUCUUUCAAAACUCUCUCCAUCCCAGGCCUUGAAGAUUUUCGAAGCUCAAUGGCUCACAGGAGGAAUAAUCGACCCGAAAACCGGGGUCAAACUUUGCCUCAAAAACGCCAUUGAAGAUCAGAUAAUACACCUCCUCCCGUUCUUCGAACUUUCAAAGCUUCAACCCUUCUUGGACGGGUAUGAGCCGCUCUCAAAGCUUCAAGAGCUGACGAAGCAAUUUACCCAUGGUAACCCGCUGCCAAUCGUUGGAUAUUGGAAGCAAGACACUGGCGAGCGUAUUUCUAUCAAACAAGCAGCGAAGGAAAAGAUCGUUACUCCCGGGUUAGCACGAGCGCUUCUGGAAGCUCAGGCCGCGAAUGGAGCUUUUCUCGACCCACAUGAUCCUCAAAACUUAAUGGAUGUCGAUCAAGCUGUUGAGAAAGGCUUCCUAUCCGAAGUCAACAAAGCUGCUUUGUCCAGAGCCAUGAUCAUCGCCCACGGAGACGAUCAAACCCUGAUCGAUCAUAUAAAAAGCUCAAAGAAAACGCAGAAUCCACACUUAGAAAGAUUAGUUAGGUUGCAGAUGGCUUGUGGUGGCUUAAUUCAUCCAGAAUUGAAUUUUAGAGUUCCUUUCAAUCACUUAUCUGAUUAUUUCGACGAAAAAGUCAUCAACUACGUCAAGUACUGCCUCGAAGAUCGCGAUUCUUACGGCUACACCGACGUCAACACCAAAGAAAACAUGCCGUACUCUGCUCUUCUUCGGCGAGGAAUUCUGAAGGACGGAGCAAAUGUGCUCGUUUAUGAUCCAGAAGUUGCAAAUGCUGAGCCGGAAAUGAUGUCAAAAGAAGAAAUAAUGACUCUGCUUACUUCAGACAUCGAAAAGAAGUUCUCCUUGUCAGACCUUGCCGAUGCAAAUCUCCUCCCUCAAAAAAUCGUCGAUGAAAUUGAAAAUGGGAAAAUACCAAAAUACAGUUUCGAGCAAUCAGUUCUCAAUCCGAUCAAAAUCGCUCUUCGCAAAUAUGGUCGGCCCUUGGUUGGCGUCAAAUUGGACCAAGAGCGGCUCAGGUGGCCAGAAGCGCUAAAACAAGGAGAGGUUUCGAAUCUGGUGCUGAAAGACAUGGUCAACUCGCAAAUUGCCUGUGCUCCGGGUUCCGUGGAGGUAGAUAGAUUUCCGGCGAAUAUGCAGAAUGGCUUCAAUAGAACCUCAAGAAUCAUCAAUGGCGCUGAAGUUGACGAAGAUGACAAUCAAAUCUCCCUCCUCCAAGCUCUAGAAAAGAAACAAAUGCGCGAAGCAGACGCGUUAAAACUUAUCGACGCUCAGCUGGCGACUGGGGGAAUAAUUGACCACCGGGUGCCGUUUAGGCUCAAUUUUGACUCGGUCAAGGCAAAGAAACUUUUGGAAAAUCCAGAUGUUUGGGAUAAGAAGAUCAAGAGGGCGAUCAAAAAUGGACUUUUCAAGGAUUUGACUGUGGAAGGACAGAGGAAAUGCUCAUAUUCGCUUUUAUUAGAAAACGCGUCGAGUGACGAAGAAGGCGAUCUAUUCCUCCGCCUGCCUUCCAAAAAUUCCCAACCUCAGCCCAUCAGACCUUCAUCCUCUGCAAAUUCAUCCCUUCGAUCUUCUCUCGCAACCCCGACUCCAGAUUCUCCUCUUCGAGUAGCUGAUCUUUCGAAUUCGACUGGAAAAAGCACUGUGGAUGGAAUGACGCCAGGAAAACCAAGAAGACAAAGAAAGACUCAAGAAGCUGCUGCUCCGAUUUUGACAUCAUCACUAGAAAAUUCCUUUGGAGACAACAAGGACAACUCUUCCCGGCCAAUCGCGGGUCACCGACUUUUUGUUGAAGAUUCAGAUGGAAACCAGGUCCGACUUUCUGACGCCGUCAAAGAUGGAAUCAUCACUGAAGAAGAGGCCAAUGAGCUCAUCAAAAAUUCAUCGUCAAAAGAUUGA